AUCUUCUUAGCGAGGCUGGUUCAAGCUUUGGCUCACGUUUCCGGCGAAGGCGAAGCAGCAAUUGCUUCGACUGUCGCCGCUGAUGGCUGAUGCCGAGAUUGCACAAAGGAACCGCUCACAGGAGCUGGAGAGGCGGGGGGGGCUGCUUCGACCGCGCGGUGGAAGGUCCUCGGCGGGGUCCUAACGGCCGCGGGCUUGGCCGCCGUUGUUGCGCUCGUGCUGCUGCUGUCUCCGUGGCGCCCGCACGGCCGGCUUGUCCACGCAGGGCCUCCAGAUCUCGUGUGCCCCGAAUUGUGCACAUGCCUCAGUAACCCCACCAGGGUCUAUUUCGGGAUCCCGCAAAGGGUGGUUCCAAUGUUACAGAGGCUGGCACUGGCAACAGCACCGACAGCAGUUCUGCCAACGGCAUUGCCAACGGCGGCGUGGCAGGCUACUGGGCGUGGUCGUGGAGCCAGGCGUUCGUCGGGCCAGAAGAUACGAACAUGGGCAUCUGUUUCAAUGGUUACGAGGAUGUGGACACGGCUAUCUCAGAAUGCACGAAGGAGGUCGGCACGCUGCAGCCUGCGAAGUGGCUUUCGAUCGGGGGCAAUGGUGCGCCUCAUGGGGUCAUAACGCCAGACGUGUUGUCGAGUGCAGCGAGCAGUGGCGACACUAUCAUCGCAGCGGGUUACGCUGGAGUCAUCUUCGAUGUCGAAGUCGCGGUUGGUACCAAUGACGCCCUGGUCUCUGGCUUCACGAGUGCGUCGCAGACCUUGACGUCGAAAGGUCUCCAGGUCGGGGUCACCACAUCCCAUAGCGGCCCCGUUGAGGUUUCUGGUGGUGCUGACGCUGCCACGCUCGUCAAGUGUUGGGUUGCCGACCCGAACAUGGCUGUGCUCUCGCCGCAGCUGUACACGACAGGUGAGGAGGACACGCCUGAUUUCGAUACCACCGCGUCGUGCUCGGCCUGCACCUGGGAGUUGUGGCAGGGAUCAUCAGGUGCAUUUGCGCCCAGCAUCGUCACCGCAUCCCAGUACGACGAGGUGAGCACCUACUUCAGCAGCGAACAUGGGAUCACGACGGGAGGAUAUAUCCAGUGGCAGCAGAGUCCCAGCCCGGCGCCAGACGCCAGCAAGAUGUGCGGCGCGACAUGGGACGAGGCGAGCUCCAAGUGCAGCAAAUCCUGCCCGGGUGGACUGGACGGGGAGUGCGACCAGGGCCAGAAGUGCUGGGGUGGCAUUUCAGCGUGCCCCACAACAAUGAAUCACUGCGGCAAAGACUACGCCGAUGCCUCUUCAAAGUGCGGCACAGAGUGCCCAGGAGGCCUGGACAGCGAGUGUGACAUGGGCUCGGGGGAAAAGUGCUGGGGCGGCAUCAAGUGCGGAAACUUUUGCGGCCCCGAUUGGUCUGGGGCCAGUGCGUGCGCCCACUCGUGUCCCGGCGGCUUGGACUCCGAGUGCCCCGACGGACAGACCUGCUUUGGCGGCAUCUCCUGCAGCACCUGACACCCCGUGCGCCUUUUGCCCAGCUGCCGGCUGUUCGCUCUCGCAGCUUUCACUUUUUGGCCUCGGCGGAGGGGGGGU